UUGAAUUAUGUUGAGGCUAUAAAUCUAUUAAUGGCAGUUGAUGAGUUACUUCUUCACGAUGUUACAGAUAAGAUUAUAAUAUAUAUUAGUCAAAAAUUAGAAAAAUUCAUUACAAAUGAUGCAAUUGGUGUAUUGCAAUUAGUUUUCCAAUAUGAAAUAUGUGAACCAUUCCGAGAGCCUUGUCUUCAUUUAAUAUGUAUUUAUCCUUAUAAGUUAUUUGAACAUCGAGAGUUUACUCAAUUGGACAAAUCAAUUUUAAUGCUUAUACUACAACGUGAUGACCUAGGAAGAUUAAGUGAAAUUAAUAUAUGGAAAUAUUUAGUUAAAUGGGGUAUAGGACAAAAUUCUAUUCUUCAAGGUAGAAAGGUUGAAACUUGGAAUAACGAUGAUUACGUUAUAUUGAAAAAUGCUAUAAACGAUUUUAUACCAUUAAUUCAAGCAGCCAAAGAGUUAGGACUUGGCAAAAUUGUAGAUUAUUUAUUAGCGAGGGCCAAUUUCACUAAAAUCGUUUUAAGCAAAUUGAAUGAUACAGAAGUUUUACAGCUUAUAACGAAAAUAACUGAGUUAAAUUUCAGUAUAAAUUUACAAUAUAGAUCUGAUUUUAAAUCAGUUUUAGAAAGACUAGAUAUAGAUGAAGUAUUACAUCUUAUGAAAACAAAUAAUAGAACUGAAAUUCGAAAAUUUUUUGAUAAUAUAUUAUCAAGCACGGACUCUAUUAACCCUUUUUUAAGAAAAUUGAAUAGUGACAAGAUUUUACAAUUACUGAUAGCGGCCAAUGAAUUUCAGUACAAAAAAACCGUUAAUAAUUUAUUAAUAAAUGCUAGAAUUAUUUUGGGGAAAUUAGAUAAAGAUGAAGUCUUUCAACUUAUGAUGGCUGCUAAAGUAUUAAAGCAUAAUAUAAUUACAGACCGUUUAUUUUUAAGCGAAGGUUUUACAGGAAUUAUUUUGGAUAGCUUGAAUUGCGCCGAGAUUUUGGAUUUAUUAGUAAUAGCUAAUCAGAUGCAACUUCAUAAAUUUUUUAACCAUAUGCUAAACUUUAUAGAUCAAAAGUUAAAAGAAUAUAUGCAGGUUGAUAUAUUUAGCGUAGUGCAAAUUAUUUUUAAUAAUGAUGCAUUUAAGUCUCUUCAUGAUCAGUGCCUUCAUCUUAUAUGUACGAAUCCUAAUUUAUUAUUUGAGCAUCGAAGAUUUACUCGAUUAGAUAAAUCAAUUCUAAUUCUUACCAUCCAUGAUUGCAUCCCUCUAAUACGUUGGUACCAAAUGCCACUACAUGAUUUUAUGAGAAAUAUUGAAUUUCUUAAAAAUAUUAUAUCAACAGAACCAAUUCUUAAUUAUCUUCGUUAUAAUAUGAUGCCACCACAAGAAACUACAAUUUUACCACGAAGAUACAUUUUACCUAAUCACAUGUUUCUUGUUAGACCACAGCAUUUUGAUAUUAUUGCAAGUUGGAUUGAUAAGAAAGAUUUGAAAAAUAAUUCGCCAAUUAAUAAUGAGAAAAUAAUUCGAGAUAAAAUUUCAAAUGAAUCUUUGUACUAUGAAUCUAAUAAUAAUCCUUAUGAUUUCAAGCUUCUUUUUUGUACAAAACGAGAUGGAUUUGAUGCGCAGAUAUUUCAUGAACUAUGUGAUGAUAAAGGAUCAACCUUAACACUUGUUAAAAUUGUGGAUAUAGGAAUAUUUGGUGGUUAUAACGAAUUGAGUUGGAAACCUCAUGAAUUAGAAAAAAAAGAUGCGAAUUGUUUAGUAUCAGAUAAUAAUCAUUUAAUAUCAGAUAACAAUUUUUUAUUUUACUUCAAUAACAAAAAUGAUCUUAAUACCUCUAACAUUUCGCGUGUUAGAAAUAAUUGCUUAGUUGAAAAAUGUUAUUCUCUACACGGCCCAUGUUUCGGUUGGAACAAAAAAUAUAAAUUUAGUAACAAUGAUAGUCAUGAUAUAUAUAUAGAUUCUAAUUGGUUACAUAUUUGUCAGAGAUUUAUUCAUUAUAGCCAUCCAAAUUUUAGCAAAUUUGAAAAGUUACAAUCAAAAUGUAAGUAUGAAAUAGAAGAUUAUGAAGUUUGGCAAAUAAUUAAAAAAGAUAAACCCUCUCAAUAA